CAUUGACUCUAUAUAUAUAUAUAUAUAUAUCCUGCACACAACCACUCCAAUUUUUACCUAUAUUCCUCUUCUUCAUUACUACUAGGAAACACCUUCAAUAGACAAAUACAAUGCGCCCCUCAACCCGCCUCCUCAUCCUCACUACACCCCCCAUCAUCCUAACCUACACCACCCACCGCUACCUCUCCAUCCUCGAAGCCAAAUAUCCUCCCAUCGACCCAACCACCACCACCAGCCUCGCUCUCCGCACUCCGAGCAACCCAACAACCCAACACUGUCCCGAAAUUGACGUCUACGAGGCCAAACACAUACCAGUGAAAUCACUUCUAAAGCGAUACUCUACUCUUCUCCAAUCCAAGCACACCAAUACCCAUGACUCCACCACAACCAACAAAGCAACCCUAACCAACGCCUGGAUCCUCACCUUCCUCAACACCAAACCCCUACUAGUCGAAAGCAGCCUCAUCGGCUUAAUCAAGAAUAAGUCCUACAGCCCCGGGGAUACGGGCGUCACAGACCCGGAGUUCAUACCUACAUCGAUACCCACAGACACAUCUACAUAUAUUUCCACAUUCAAAUCGAUCUUCAUCACCCCCAAACCCCAAAAUCCAGCCUACUACCCAAUAGAACAAGAAAAAAGAAGCGACCGCUCCCUCCUCAACUCCGUGUUCACAAUCCAACAAACCUCCCCCACAACAGGCCUCCUACUCUCAUGGCACAUGCCCGACGAACCGCGCCUCUUCUUCGAGAAAAUCGCCCGAUGGGGAUACCCCUGGCGACUGAUGAGCGGGGGGCGGCACGAGCUUAACAUCUCAGAGGUAUAUAUAUACCAGGGAGAAGAAGUAGUCGAUGUACGAUUCGCCUCGGCACAUGACUAUCAAAUCAUAAGUGACGAAGAACAGAAACAGAAGAUAAUUCCUGCUUGGGUGGGGAGGUUGCAUCGCGGGUAUGCGAGGGCGUUGGUGGAUUGGGCUGUGAGGGAUUUAAAUGAUGCUUAACUGAGUUGGAUGUGUGAUCUCCCGCUCUGUAUGUUAUAUACCAUAUUCAUAUUUAGUAAUAUCUAGUAUAUAUAUAUAUAUAUAUAGAUGCAUCUCAUCUCAUAUAAUAUCAC